AUGCGUUACACCGAUAUUGUCGCCCUGGCCAUGGGCAAUGUGGUCGCCGCUCAAUUCCCCACCACCACUCGCUUUGCCAACACCACCACCGCCGGUUUCGAGACUGAGACUGCCACUUCUGGUACCGUUACCAUCGGUACCGAGACAACUGGCACUGAGACUACCGCUGCUUCCACCAGCACUGCUGCUGGAGGUAUUGGAAACCCAGACGGCUUCAACUUCCUUGGCUGCUUCUCUGACAAUGGUUUCCCCGGCUUCACUCUUGCCUACUCCAGCGAGGAUAACGAUGCCGACGAAUGUGCUGAGGCAUGUGCUGGCUCCAACUACUUCGGUUUGAACGAUGAGAGCUGUUACUGCAGCGGAGAGUUUGACUUCAGCCAAGCCACCGCUGUCAGCUCGGACCAGUGUGACAUUGUCUGCCCAGGAGACGACUCAGUCAACUGUGGUGGCCGCACCUCUGGCUCUCGCAUCAUGCGCCGCCAGAGCAUUGACAUUAACGUUCUCCUCUCCAUCUACAUCGCCAUCGGUGUCAACCCCGGUGAAACUGAGACCGUUGUCAACACCGACUUCAUCACUGAGACUCUCCCUGCCUCCACCACCACUGCUACUGUUACCUUCACCGAGAGUGGCGAGGUUGCCACCAAGACCGUCACAACUGUUCUUCCUGUUAUUCCUACCAGUGUUAUCAUCAUCUGCUACGGUAACUACUGUGCUCCUCAAGUCCACUGCCCUACCUGCACCAAGUGGCAGGUGGUUUGUGAGGACGACCUUUGCGCGCCUCGCGAAUGUUACGACGACACAUGGAACAAGCUCAAGAUCUGUAAGAACGGAAGCUGCUACUACUCUGACUACAAGAACGAGGAGUGCAACCAGAAGAUCACCUGCCACGGAUCCAGCUGCGAGAUUGACUACUCUGAGGAUUACGCCCGCAAGUUUGUCUGUGACGUUGAGGAGGAUCGCUACUACUUCGACCAGUGCAAGGAUGACUGCUACAGCUACGAGAAGUGCGCUCACGGAGAGUGCGAGCCCGUUCACCCUCCUGUCAGCCCUCCCAAGCCCAUCAGCCCUCCUAAGCCCAUCACUCCUGGCAAGCCUCCUGUUGUUGUUGUCCCUGAGCCCAAGCCCGAGCACCCCGUCAAGCCUGAGCACCCUGCUCCUCCUGCUAAGCAACCUGAGCACCCUGCCCCUCCUGCUAAGCAACCUGAGCACCCUGCCCCUCCCGCUAAGCAGCCCGAGCACCCUGCUCCUCCCGCUAAGCAGCCCGAGCACCCUGCUCCUCCUGCCAAGCAGCCUGAGGCUCCCAAGACUGAGCAGCCCAAGACUGAGCAGCCCGAGACCGGAAAGCCUGAGGUUCCUGUUGUCACCGCUGGUGCUGCCAAGUCCUUCGCCGGCUUGGCCGCUGCCAUGGCUGGUUUCGCUUUCGUCCUGUAG